GUAGAAAAAGGCACCAAAGAAGGAUAGAAGACGGCAAAGCGAUCCGGCUUCGGAGGCGCCGCGCAGGCGCACAGCCGGGCUCCGGCCUGCGCUCAAGAGCGGGUGGCGGAGCUCCGGGGCGCGUGCGCGGUGGCCUAGGCUGGGGAGGCGGAGCUCCCGGGCGUGUGCGCAGUGGCCUGAAUCCGGAGAGGCGGAGCCGAGGGGCGCGUGCGCGGCGGCCUGGGCGGCGGGCCCCUCCCUUGGCGGGGGCGCGCGGCGCGGAAGACCGCACGGAAAGGGGGAAGUCAGGUGGCCGCCGCCGCCACCAGCGCCAGUUUGUCGCCAGAAGGAAGAUGGCGGAUCUGGAGGAGCAGCUGUCCGAUGAGGAGAAGGUACGUAUAGCAGCAAAAUUCAUCAUUCAUGCCCCUCCUGGAGAAUUUAAUGAGGUUUUUAAUGAUGUUCGAUUAUUGCUUAAUAAUGAUAAUCUUCUCAGGGAAGGAGCAGCACAUGCAUUUGCACAGUAUAACUUGGACCAGUUUACACCGGUAAAAAUUGAAGGCUAUGAAGAUCAGGUGUUGAUAACAGAACAUGGAGACUUGGGAAAUGGAAAGUUUUUGGAUCCAAAAAACAGAAUUUGUUUCAAAUUUGAUCAUUUAAGAAAAGAAGCAACUGAUCCAAGGCCAUAUGAAGCAGAAAAUGCGAUCGAAUCAUGGAGAACAUCAGUAGAAACUGCACUGCGAGCUUAUGUAAAAGAACAUUACCCGAAUGGGGUCUGCACUGUGUAUGGCAAAAAAAUAGAUGGGCAACAGACCAUUAUUGCAUGCAUAGAAAGCCAUCAGUUCCAAGCAAAAAACUUUUGGAAUGGUCGUUGGAGGUCAGAGUGGAAGUUUACAGUCACUCCUUCCACCACACAGGUGGUUGGCAUCUUGAAAAUUCAGGUUCAUUAUUAUGAAGAUGGUAAUGUUCAGCUAGUGAGUCAUAAAGAUAUACAAGAUUCCCUCACAGUGUCUAAUGAGGUGCAGACAGCAAAAGAAUUUAUAAAGAUUGUAGAAGCUGCAGAAAAUGAAUACCAGACUGCCAUCAGUGAGAAUUACCAGACGAUGUCGGACACUACCUUCAAAGCCUUACGUCGACAGUUGCCAGUUACACGUACUAAGAUCGACUGGAACAAGAUCCUUAGCUACAAGAUUGGCAAAGAGAUGCAGAAUGCAUAAAUGGAAGUUGCAUGACCAGAUUGUUUUAGUGUCUUUACGUUAAAAAAACAAUUAUUGCGAAAAGUAUUCUGAACUGUCAGGCUGCCCAGUCACGUGGGCUGUUGCCACUUAAAUCACUGUAAUUGACUAGUUUGGUUAGAGCACAGAGCUUAGCUAAUCCGCCAUUGUUUUCGUUGCUUUUGUUCAGAGAGUUGGAAAUGAGUUUAGCGUGAGUCCUUUACUCUGUUCCUCCUUCCUUACAGUGAAGAGGUGAUUCCUCUGCGUUAUGUUUAAAGGGUUUUGAAAUAUUUCAAAAGUAUUUUAUUUACCAGGACCCUGAAUUGUCUCUGGCUUAUGAAAGGGGCAGCUUUUGAUGUUAGCCCAGGUAUUUUUAGUGGGGUCAGUUAACGGACACUCUAGUUAAGGUGGUUGAUGGACUUAGCCAUAUAUGCUGCUAAAGAAAUUGUCUACCUUUUCCUUUCACCUCUUCCACGUAUAUCAGAUUGAGAUUAGAAGGAAAGCGUUUUCUAUUCCUGUUAUGUUAAAACCUUCGCUGUAAGGUUAUAUAGCUAGCUUAGUGUCUAACUAAACUUUUUUAAAACAAGGCCAAGGUCUGUUGCUGUUUUGAGAUUCUGAAAUUAAAUGAGAAUACUUAUUUCAGAAAUGCAUUUAAUGCUUUUUUUUCUUGUGACAGUUAUGCAAAUUAGCUUGAAUUCCAUAUGUCCCUGAGUUAUUUUUAUCACAAAGCCACAAGUGUAUUAUAAGGCAGAUUGUAAUAUAUAUAUAAUCCUGAACUCAUGACCAUGUCUCAGUUGAUUCUCCCUCCCCUUGGAUUGAAACUGAAUUUCAUUGUGACAUUAAAAUAGCAAAAUUUGGUAUUUAUUUGAGUAAAAACGUCAUUUGCCAGUGAAUCAUACACACUAUUUUAAAAUACUUUCUUUGUAUAUUGUCCUUCUUAACAAGUUGUAAGUUAGGAGAUUUGGGCGUCCACAUGGUGUGCAGCUGCAUCUUUGGUUUUCCAUCUUCCUAUGCAUCAUGAGCAUGUUUGUGAUCCUUUACAAUAUAUCCACUGACGCCGCCGGAGUUCAAGCCUUGGUGAAUGUUAGCAUUUGCUAUGAGGAGUUGGUGGAUUUGUGGUUUCAUUCAGAAGUUUGCUGCUUACACUCGAGUGGAAUCCAUUCCUCAUGUACUCCUGCAGACAUCUGGGCCUGAAAUUUUUUUUUUUUUUUUAAAAAAAAAAACACUUUUACUAUGUAUAAUAAAAUAUUUCAUUAGCUUGAAUUGUAUAGAUUUUUAAAAAUUCAAUGAGAGCAUGUUUAAUUUCUUUUUAAAAUUACUGUUGGGCUUCAAAAGCAUUGCAAAUAUAUGACAUUGUCACA